UUUCACCUCUGAACUCGAAUCAGACUGUAAUUUCAGCGGGGAUAUGCCGCAUCAAUGACGAAGCUGGGACCCGAAGCAUCAGAUCCUCUCCUUCCUCCACAACCAGCGCCGCACUUCCCCUUUUCAACUCGUCCACCACCGCAAGAUUCCCAUCCCCCUCCUUACAUCCUUCUCCCCGCCUUCCCCGGACGCCAUAUUCGCCGCCGACCUUGCUGCUGCAAUUACAGCUCUUACCUCCUCAUAUCCGCCGCCAUCGUGACCCUUGUCGGCCUCACCCUUUUCCUCAUCUGGCCCACCGACCUGGACCUCCAUGUCGCCCGCAUCCGCAUCGACCGCGUCCGCGUCUUUGCCGACCCCAACGACACCAUUUCGAUUGAUCUCAGCCUCCGCAUCCGCGUGCGCAACCCUAACUUCUUCUCUCUCCAUUACGAUUAUGUAGAUGUUGGCAUCGGCUACCGCAGCGAGCCUCUCGGAUCCAUUCAGUCUGCCGGUGGUCAAAUACCGACGCGAGGGGUUUCUUACGUGGACGCUGAGUUACGGAUCGACGGUGUCCAGGUGAUCCAUGAUGUGUUCUACUUGAUUGAGGAUUUCGUCAGAGGAUCGAUCCCCUUCGAUACUGUUAGUGAGGUCAAGGGGAUAUUGCACCUUUUCUUCUUCAAUAUCCCCAUUAAGGGUAGAGUUUCUUGUUCUGUUAACGUCAAUCCAGCAAACCAAACAAUCGUUAGACAAGAUUGCUAUCCUGAGUAAUGUUUAUGGAAGCUGCUGGCCACGUCUAUUACUGAUGCGACGGAGUUCGGAUAAAUGAUAAACACUGGAGAAGGUUAGAAUAUCAAUACUAAAAUUACUGAGUGGAAAUAAUACAAUUAUCGUAAUCCGUAGUUACUUCUGAUUUGUGGUUUUGUACUUUAUUCUAUACUGUAAGUAGUUACUGAAAGCCAUUACGUUAGAGAGAAGCUUGUGAUAAUAAAUAAGCUGUAUGUUUUAUUAGAAUAUAAGUUGACAACUACGAUGAGCCUUUACUGGUA